AUGGUAGAGUAGGUUAUGAUAGAGUAGGCUAUGAUAGAGUAGUUUCAUGAUAGGGUACGUUAUAUUAGAAUAAAGCCGAGCAAAGUACGACAGGGCAUGGUACAGGGUGUGCCAAAAGACUAACUUUACCGGUCGAUUUCUUUAUGUUGUACGCGAUUUAUAUAAUUUUUUUAAAGAUUGUCCUAUUCCCCAUAGUUUUUUGUUAUAAAUAAGAAAAAACUGAGUUUUUCAUGUCUAACGUCUGUCUCUAUUUAGAUGCCAAACACGAGAGGAGCCAUCAUUAAGCUGCAUAAAGAAGGAAGAAGGCAGAGGAGAUAUUGCGAAAUCGUUAAAUAUCGGAAAAGCUACAGUAUCCGAAGUGGUCAGACGGUAUGUAGAGCUUGGACAUGAUGGUGACAGACCUAGAAGUGGCCGUCCAGCAACUGUAAACACCCGCGCCAACAGACAGUGGACCAAGAAGCGAUUCAUGCGUAACCCAAGGACUCCAGUACGUAAAAUGGCACGAGAGGCCGGUCUGAAAGAAACUUCACUUUGCCGUAUAGUCAGAAAGAACUUGAAGAUGAAGCCGUACAAACUCAAAAAAGUUCAGAAACUUACUGAUGAAAACAAAAAAGUACGGUUUAAAAGAAGCAAAACUCCGAUACACCGGGCCGCUAACGGAAAUUGGGAGCGCCUUUUCUUCACUGAUGAGAAGGUAUUCGCGUUGGAACAGGCACACAAACCCUCAAAAUGA